AUGUCCAGAAGCACACAACUUAUGCUGCUGCUGCUACUUGUGGCAGCUGCUUGUGGCAGUCAGUCGGAGCGCAGUUUGUUGCAACUUAUGCUGCCUGAGCUGCAGUCCGAGCUGACUUUGCAUUUGCGCAGCGUUAAGGAUUAUGACAACAGCUUUGUGCAGUUGCUGCUGCAACAACAGCAACUGGCCAUAACUUUGUUGCAAGGCGAACAACUGACCGAAAUUACUGCUGCAGUGCAUCAUUUCUUUAUCUAUGCGAAUGUGCAACAAGCGCAGCAGCAACAGCAACUGUUUAUUAAUGGAGGCGGCUUCUAUGUCUUGGCUUUGACAGCGUCAACAGAGCCGCAGCAGCUGCUACAAUUUAUGGCCAACAUUUGGCUGCAGCAUGGACACAGUCGCAUCUACUAUGUGCUGCUGCUGCAACAACAGCUCUGGCUCUAUAAUCCCUUUCAGCAACGCAGCGUGCAGGUGCAGGACUCGCGUUGCUAUCAACGCAUCUAUGCCAAUCUGCAUGGCUAUGCAUUGCGCGCUUAUAUAUUCAAUUCGGUUUAUUCGUUUGUUACGGGCGAUGUGGACACGGAGCAAGUUUUGAGCGCUGCCGGACCAGAUGCCAAGGCGGCAGCUUUGCUGGCCAAGCAAAUGAACUUUACGCUUAACUAUUUGUGGCCAGACGAUGAGUUCUUUGGCGGUCGCUUAGCCAAUGGCUCCUACAGCGGCGGCGUGGGUCGCGCACAUCGUCACGAGCUGGACAUAAUCUUUGCUGGCUUCUUUAUCAAGGAUUAUCUGAGCACUCGCAUGCAAUUCAGCGCCGCUGUGUACAUGGACGACCUUUGUUUGUAUGUGCGCAAGGCUCAACGCAUACCACAGUCGAUUAUGCCGCUCUUUGCAGUGCACUUGGAUGUCUGGCUGUGCUUUAUAGCCGUUGGCUUUAGCUGUGGCCUAAUCUGGCUCUGUCUGCGUGGCCUGAAUUUGCGUUUGCGUAUUGAACGCAUUGGCGGCGCCUUUGUAGGCAAACAAGCCAUAACAAUGGGCAGCUUGGUGUGGCGCAUCUUUGUGGACACGUGGACCAUGUGGGUGCGUGUUAAUGUGGGCAAGUUUCCGCCGUACAAUGCGGAGCGCAUGUUUCUCAUCUCGCUGUGUUUGGUGAGCGUAAUCUUUGGCGCCUUGCUGGAGUCCAGCCUUGCCACCGCCUACAUACGUCCCAUGUACUACAGCGACAUCAAUACGCUUGCUGCACUGGACGAAUCCAAGAUACCCAUCUAUAUAAAGCAUCCCGCUUUCAAAGACGAUUUGUUUAUUGGCCACGAGUCGCAAAUGUAUCGCAGUCUGCAUGCCAAGAUGCUGCUCGUUAUGGAGGGCGAGGAUCGUUUGAUCAGCAUGGUGUCCAAGUCGGGCAGAUUUGCGGGAGUUACACGCUCCGCCAGCUUGGAGCUGAACGAUAAGCGUUACAUUAUGACCAAGAAGGUGCACAUGAUACCCGAAUGCCCCAAGUCCUAUCACAUAGGCUAUGUACUGCCACGCCCCUCGCCCUAUUUAAAGCGCAUCAAUGUGCUGCUGCUGCAAAUGCUGGCAGCUGGACUGCUGGACUAUUGGAUAGGCGAGCAAAAGGAGCGCUCAAAAUGGAGUAUACAACAGUAUCCCGAGUAUUUGGCGGAGCUGGGUGCAGGCAAGUGGAAGAUUCUAACCCUGAGCGAUGUGCAGAUCGCUUUUUAUGCUUUAUUCGGCGGUUGUUUGCUCGCCGCUGGCGUUUGGCUGGCAGAGCUGCGGCUAAAGAAAAGUUUAGCAGGGAAUUCUAACAGCCAUAAUUAA